AUGCCCACCACACUCGUCACCGGCGCCAACGGCUUCGUUGGUGCAGCCGUGGUCAACGAGCUAAUAACCCAGAAUCACAAAGUCAUCCUAGCCGUACGAACACCCUCGAGCGCCGAAGGCUUAGUCUCAAAGCACCCAGAAUGGCCAAUCCAGGACAUCUCAGUGGCUCGCGUGGCCGACUUCACUGUUCCAGGAGUGUUCGACGAAGUAUUCCACCAACACCCGGAGAUCGACUACAUUGUGCAUGUGGCGGCACCAUUGCUCGACGAUCCCCACAACACGGAUUUCGUCGAACAUUUUGAGAAGCCCAGCGUUCUUGGCAACACGGGUCUGCUGACAUCGGCCUUGAGGUAUGGCAAGAACGUCAAAGCCAUCAGCGUCACGGGGAGCAUCAACGCCAUCACCCUGGGAGACCAGGACGAUGUGAAGAAGCGAGCGUUUGGCAAUAAAGACUGGCUGCCAUUGGGAAGAGAGGACGCCAUCAAGGCGCAAGAUCCCUAUAUCUCGUACUGUGUAGGCAAAAAACUCGCCGAGCAAGCGACUUGGAAGUUCGUCGACGAACAAAAGCCGCCGUUCAGCGUGACCAAUUUCAUGCCGCCGUUGAUCUUCGGCCCAAUGUUCCAAAAAGUGCCGAGUGUCGCAAAGAUCAAUUUCAGCAAUCGCCAAUUCCACAGUAUACUCAACAGCGCGAAGGUAGAGGGUGGGAAGGUUCCCAAUACUAUGUUUCCUGGAGAUAUCGACGUCCGCGAUCUGGCAAAGCUCCAGAUUUCGGCCUUGACCACGCCUAGCGCCGCGAACAAGCGUUUCGUCGUGGGGCAUCCCAUGCUGUUCAACCAAUUUGCCGAUGCUUUGCGCAAUGAUCCAGAACUGCAUCUGUCUUCACGUAUUGGCGAGAACAAUGACGAAGAUUCGACAUUGACCUUGCCGAGGUUCGAGACCAAUGAGGCCGAAGAAGUCUUCCAGUUCAAGUGGACUAAUCUCGAGAAGACCGCAAGGGAUACCGCCAUUGCACUUCUCGAAGUGGAGGCCCUUGAUGCCUGA